GCCACUGCACUUGUUGCUCAAGCGAUGGCGGUGACGGCGAGGGCGAGGACGAGGACGAGGACGAGGAGAUGAUCGAGAAGGCGGCGGCGGCGGUGGCGGCGGCGGCAGAGCGAAGGACGAUGCCAACGCGCUGAUGGAUGCAUCAAGCAGCGCCAAGCACCAGCUCUUCCCCGUGCGCGACAUGGACUUGCUGCACCACUACACCGCCUGCACCUACCAGUACAUGACCGACCUGCCGCAGCACUAUGCCGUGUGGCAGGUCGUUGUGCCGCGCCUGGCGUUUCAGCAUCCCUUCCUGCUCCACGGCCUGCUCGCGGCCAGUGCCCUCCAUCGCCACCACACCGCCGAGCCCGCGCAGAAACCGAAUCUGAUGAAUCUGGCGCGAUACCAUCAACAACAUGCCUUGACGCGCUACAUCCCGCUGCUGCAGUCCAUCGACGACGAGAACUGCCACGCCCUCUUUGCCUUCUCCGUGUUGCUGGGAGUCCUCUGCUACAGUCUGCUCCACGAGGAUGAAGAAAACGAGCAGCCCCUGGCCGUUCGAUUCAUGGACGUCUUCGACUCGCUCGGCGGCGCUGUCGUCGUGGCCAGAGUCGCGACCCAGUGCUUGCGCGAUGGACCCCUGGGCCCCAUCAUGCACCCAUUGACGCCCGUGAUUCGCGACUUCAGCGUGCUGCAUCCGGGCAUGGCCGCCGCUCUCGAAAGGCUCUUGGAGUGCGCCGACCAAGUCUAUCGCGACGCCUCAUCGAAAGCUGGCUUGGACGCCACGCAGAGACGGAAUGCCUAUCACAAUGGCAUCUACGCCAUCUCCACUGUCUUAUCACCAACGAACUACCAAAAUCGCAAGCUGACCACCGUGGUCAGCUGGUCGAUUAUCGCCGGACCUGACUACCUUGCGCUACUUCGUCAACGAGAUGCACUGGCUGUUGUCAUUCUCGGGCAUUACGGGGUCGCGCUGCAUCAGCUGCUCAAUCCGCUCUGGAUAUUGGAGGGCCUAGGCAAGCGCUUGACUGAUAGCGUGAUCGGCGAGGUCGACGAAUGCUGGCACGACGUCCUUGCUUAUGCCAAAGCACAAGUCGACCAACCCGUGACUCCUGCUCAGCCGAAGACAUGA